AUGGUAGAUUCGAUGCGACCGGGUGCGGUGAUCGUGGAUUUGGCCGCGGAGGCGGGUGGCAACGUGGAGACCACACGGCCCGGGGAGAUGUACGUGGGCGGAGCGAAUCGGGUGGUACACAUCGGCUACACUGACUUCGCCUCUCGCCUUGCUGGGCAGGCGUCAGCCCUCUUCGCCAAUAACCUCACCAACUUCCUCGUUGCCAUGAUGCCAAAGGACAAGGUGCAGCCCUGCUUACAGCCGUGCUACUGCACCUCAGUCUAUGAAAACUAG